GUUGUCAAACAAGAGUCUUCGAUUAAUUGCCAAAAAAAUAAUGAAUACAAUCAACAAUAUCAUGGAAGUGGACUCAACUUUUUAGACCUCAGCCCUGCUACUUCUGAUUCAUGUUUUGGUUAUUUUUUGUACAGAAAACCAAGUCCAGGGAGAAAUGAAGUAGCUGAUUGUGUGUCAGUUAAAGAAGAGCCAUCAGACCGUAGUUACAUUGAACCAACAUCACUUACUAACCUUUCGUCACCUAGUUCACAAGACAAUUUGAGUGCAGUCGAAAUUAAUAACAGGCUUAAUACCAUGCAAAGAUUUUUA